GCCGCCGCCGGGCGGCCCGCUGGCAGCCUCAGCCGCCGCGCCUGCCGACGCUGGCGCGGAGGGCAGUCGCAUCCCGCCGGGCAGCGUGGACGGCGACGAGACCAACUACACGGAUUGGAACGGCUGGCAAGGCCUGGAUGCAGGCCUGUCCGAGACGGCGCCGAGUUAUGAGCUGCUGAGGACCGACGGUUACCGAGCAUUCCGACGUAAGCUGGAGGUUUUCGAGCGUUGCUCUAAGAAGCGCGGCACCACCGCUGUCAGUGAGGGAGCGUUCCUUGUCAUGAACUCACUUCAAGGCCAGGCCGCGGAGGCUACGGAAGAUAUCGACCUGGACUUGCUAGAGACGGAGGGGGCUUUCAGGCCAUUGUUCCAGGUGCUGGACGAGUACUACAAAUACGACAAACAGACUGAGCUGCCAGCCCGUACAGAUUUCGUUUUCGGCGAGUUCGCUCACCGGGAGAAGGAGACAAUGAAGCUGUACUGCCUACGCCGCAAGAUAGAGCUCAGGAAGCUCAAGGAGGUUGGGAUGGAGAUCCCAGACAUGCUGGUGAAGAAAGCCCUGCUCGAUACGUCUGGAGCUGAAACGAUGCCCGACAAGCGAGAUGUGAAGCGAGUAGAGAAGAUGCUAGUCGGUCAAAAGUUGUUAAAGGACGAUGUGAACUACACGAACUCUUACGAGUGGGAGCGAGGCCUGAGCGACGAAGACUCGUACCUGGAGGAGGAAGAGCACGAGGACGACGAGGAGUACGCCUACGAGGAGAACGAGGAGGAGGCCGACGUCGCGGAAGAGCUACCGCAGGAGAUCGAGGAGGCCCAAGUGGCGCGCGACGAGGCCUACCGCAGCUUCGUGGAUGCGAAGAAGCGUGUGGCGGAGAUCGCCAAGUCGAGAGGAUUCUACCCAAUCGUCACCCUCGCCCCAGAGAGCAACUACCAGCGCAACGGCCGCGCAGGACCCACGAGAGCGACGAGGUUCAAACGCUUCAGGCACGGAGGCUUCACCAAACCCGACGACGAGGCACGCAUGGUGGAGGGUGUUGAGACGCUGGAGUAUGCUAACUCGGCCGAGGAAGUCUUCCUGCUGACCAUCGGUAAGGGCAUCAGCGAUGGAGGGGCUACGCGACCCGUCAUGGGCGACAAAGUGUGGGCGCAGUGGGAAGAGCCAUUACGUGCGAGAAAAUUGUUACAUGAGGUCGAGUAUAGCAAGAGUGAUCGACGCUUCCGAUUCGGAGAUGCCAAGACGCUGGAGGCCAAGCAAGCGGUGACUUUGACGGUGUGGCCGUUUGGCGUCAAGAAGCAGAUCGCGAUCCAUCUCGUCGACGGCUGGACGCCGCUGCUGAUCGCGCGACCCUUCAUGGAGGACGCCAUGAACGAGGGAGCCCCCGCCCACGGCGAUGGCAGCAGCAGCGACUCGACGGACAAGGACACCGAAGGAGAGUCGGUCAAAGGCGAUGAUAGUGACGACGGAGAUACGUCGACACCUGACCCCGGCGCCUUUUACCUUGAGACGCGGACGGAGUACUACGAGAUCGGCAGCGACGACGAGACCCUGGCCACGGAGGAGGUCAUAGGUCCGGAGCGGCGCCUGAUGGAUGCGGACACCCACUCGGUCCUUGUCCUGGCGCUGGAGCAAGCAGCGUUCGACAUGAAGGACACGCUGCGCGGACCGCGCAAGAGGCUGGUCUGGGAGGUCUUCGUGGAGCAGGGGGCUUUGUCGCAGGAGCUGCUCGAGUUUCCGCAGCUCGAGGUGAUCCAAUUCAAGAUCGAGCACGGUUGGGACUUCUCCAAGCCUGCC